GCCUCUUGCGGCGUGGGUGGGGCUGACAAGAAUAGACUACAUUAUGCAGUUCAUUUAGUUAACAAGUGAAAUAAUGGGGAAGCGUGCAGUGGGAAUGCCGAGAGAAAGGCACAAAACCCUAUUGAGAGCUCUUGGCCGCUUACAGCGUAACCGUCACAUGGCCGAACCGAGUCCACGACGGCUAUUUAAGGAGAGGUUGUGCGCCUUCAGCACCACUUCGCUGUCCAUCGUCCUGAGGAGAACACACUGACGCAACCAACCAAGCACCGGCUUAAACUUUAUCCAAGCUGUGCAACAAGUUUGCAAACAUGCCGAGGUCUUUUCUCGUGGAUUCAUUGAUUUUAAGGGAGGCCAACGACAAGGGAAACGAGAACAACCCACCUUUAUUCCCGUACUCCGUGCACUCGCCGCACCACCCGCACGGGCUGCCGGGCUCCUGCCACUCAAGGAAAGCCGGGCUGCUGUGCUUCUGUCCGCUGUGCAUGGCCGCCUCCCAGCUCCAUCCGUCUCCACCAACGCUGCCGCUCCUCAAAGCGUCCUUUCCUUCCUUCAGCUCACAAUACUGCCACUCGGCUCUGUCCAGGCAACACUCUUCUUCCAACAGCAUCAACAUCAGCCACGCACCGGGGAUAUACCAAGCUGCGUAUUCGGUCCCAGACCCGCGACAGUUCCACUGCAUCUCCAUCGAAAACAGCAACGGCAAACUUCAGAGCAGCAAGCGCAUGCGCACCGCCUUCACCAGCACACAACUUUUGGAACUGGAGCGGGAGUUCACCUCCAACAUGUACCUCUCCAGACUGAGGCGCAUAGAGAUCGCCACGUACCUGAACUUGUCUGAGAAACAGGUGAAAAUCUGGUUUCAGAACCGCAGGGUGAAGCACAAAAAGGAGGGAAAGAGCAGCGGCCAAAGGACUGGAUCACAUAACUGCAAAUGUUCCUCCCUGUCAACCGCGAGAUGCUCGGAGGAAGAGGACGAUGACAUGCCAAUAUCGCCCUCCUCGUCAGAAAAGGAGGACGUGGACCUGUCCGUCUCCCCCUGAACUCUCCCCUUGACUCCCUUCUGAAAGAUUUUACUCCUGAUGUUUUUGAAUAUAGCCAAAAAAAAAGAAAAAGAAAAAAGAAAGACUGUUCCACUUGUGUUCGGUCGUCUGUACAUAGACAGAGAAUAUUUAAUCAGGGGACUGCCCUGAAUUAUUGUAUAGCUGUAUACAUGUUGUACGUUUUGUAUGUAUUUUUUUCUGAAAACAGCCCGUUGUUGUUGCCAAUCCGAUGAGUAUGGUAGGGAUAUUUGUAAAGAUAACCCCCAAAACAUCAGCGUUGUUUAUUACUUUAACGCAGUAUUUUUAACUUGGUAAAUACUGGUUAGAUUCAUUCUAUGUGGAUGGAACAGUGAAAAAAUAUGGAAAGUUUGCCACAUCACGGAGACCCCUCUGAAAAUAUAUCUUCAGUGUAAUUGAAAAAAAAAUAUUUAUUUAUUUAAAAAUGUUGACACUUAAAUAAAAAUAUUUCUGAGCGGUAGACUA